GGAGCGCAACAGAGCGCACACACAUACACUCACUCCCAACACUACGGAGCUGCGCUUCCCACAGGCACUUACUUCUUUUCACCCUCAUCCUAGACCCUUAAGUGGAUGUAUGCAACAGAUCCGUCUGUGGAAGGAAAGCUCGGAAUUCGGGUUGAAAUGGUGUUUUUGUGAAAACAGAAGAAAAGAGCGGUUUUUUUUUCAAUCAUAUUUAUUUUCAAGAUACGGAGGAUACGACACACCGUCGGAGAGAGACCCAAGGAAAUACAAUGAGCGACGUAUAACGGCAUUUUGCUAACUCUCUUUUGUGGAAGUAUUGCCUUUUCCCCGGGCACUGAAUACAGGAAUGAAAAUGAAUCCAACGACGGGGAACACCUCAUUUUGCACUUCUUUUCUGAAACUUAUUCUCUUGGCAACCUUAGUGCACUGCGGUUCGGGUAUGACUUUAAAAUACAAAGUUUACGAGGAGCAGAGAGUGGGAACGGUGAUUGCAAGGUUGAAAGAAGAUGUCUCAGCUUAUCUGUCUAAACUCCCGAGGUCUGUUACUCCACUGUUCCGAGCCAUGCAAGGGGGGAGCACCCCGUUCCUUUCAGUAAAGGAGGAGGACGGAGAAAUCAGCGUCGGGACUAAAAUCGACCGGGAAAAGCUUUGUGAGAAAAACCUUAAUUGUUCUAUUGAAUUUGAUGUCAUCACCUUACCAACAGAAUACCUACAACUGUUUCACGUCGAGGUGGAAGUGUUGGAUAUAAAUGAUAAUUCUCCGCAAUUUGCCCGUGCCAUCAUACCCAUUGAGAUCUCGGAGAGCGUCCCGAUGGGUACGCGCAUCCCCCUAGACAGCGCCACCGACCCAGACGUGGGAGAGAACGCACUUCACACGUAUUCUCUGACGCCUAAUAACUUUUUCAAAAUCGACAUUCGGACAAGGACAGAUGGCGCCCGAUAUGCGGAGCUCGUUGUAGUCAGGGACCUGGACAGAGAAGUGCAGUCCAGUUACCAACUGCAGCUGACCGCGUCCGACUCCGGCAUACCGCCGAGGACCGGCACAACACUUCUCAAAAUCAGCAUCUCCGAUUCAAACGACAACAGCCCCGCUUUUGAUGAGCAAGCGUACGUCGUUAAUCUGUUUGAGAAUUCGCCACUGGGGACUCUGUUGGUCGACCUGAACGCUACUGACCCGGAUGAAGGAAGUAACGGGAAAAUAGUCUAUUCCUUCAGCAGUCACGUUUCGCCUAAAAUCCUCGAGACGUUCAAAAUUAACCCCGACAACGGCCAAAUCACACUCAUUAAGAAAGUGGACUAUGAACAGACCAACUCAUACGAAAUCGAUGUGCAAGCUCAGGACAUGGGUCCCAACUCCAUCCCUGGACACUGCAAGAUUAUCAUCACAGUGGUGGACGUGAACGACAACAAGCCCAAGAUCAACAUCAACCUCAUGACCCAGGGGAAAGAGGCCGUGGCCUACAUCUCAGAGGCCGCCCCACUGGACACAUUCAUCGCCCUGGUGCGGGUGGACGACAGCGACUCGGGCCUCAAUGGCGAGGUGGUGUGCCGCCUCCAUGGCCAUGGCCAUUUCAAGCUCCAAAAGACCCACGAGAAGAACUACAUGAUCCUGACCAAUGUGUCGCUGGACCGGGAAAAGCGCUCGGAGUACAGCCUCACGGUCAUCGCUGAGGACCGCGGCUCACCCAGCCUCUCCACCAUCAAGCACUUCACCGUACAGGUGCUGGACGAGAACGACAACCCACCGGUGUUCGAGAAGAGCCGCUACGAGAUCUUCAAGUCGGAGAACAACUCGCCUGGGGCCUACCUGACCUCGGUGGUGGCCACAGACCCUGACUUGGAUGGCAAUGGCCAGGUGACCUACACCAUUCUGGAGAGCCUCAUCCAAGGAAGCUCCAUUUCUACCUAUGUCACCAUUGACCCAUCCAAUGGCGCCAUCUACGCCCUGCGUAGCUUUGACCGCGAGGAUGUGAGCCGGAUCUCGUUCACAGUCCAGGCACGCGACAGCGGCGUUUCGGCGCAGCUCAGCUCCAACGCCACGGUCCUCCUCACCGUGCUGGACGAGAAUGACAAUCCGCCCGUCGUGGCAGCGCCAAUGCUCCACAACCACACCGCCGACGUUCCGCUCUGGCGCUACGCCGAGCCAGGCCACCUGGUGACGGUCGUUCAGGCGACGGACCGCGACGCCGGCGCCAACGCCGAACUCAUCUGCUCCAUUACCGGCGGCAACCAGGAGGGCCUCUUCAUCAUGGACGCCAAGCGCUGCGAGAUCCGCACCAACGCCAGCGUGGACGGCCUGGGCCGCGACGGCUUCGAGGUGGCCAUCCUGGUGCAGGACCGCGGCACGCCCACCCGCCUGUCCACCCACGCCCUCCUCCGCAUCCACCUGCAGGAGAACCUGGAGAGCCACGCACUGCCGCCCCCCAGCGACCAGUCCCCGCUGGACAUCUCCAUGAUCAUCAUCAUCUCGCUUGUCAUCAUCUGCGCCGUGCUGCUGGUGGUCAUGGUGAUGUUCGCCACGCGCUGCUCCCGCGAGCAGAAGGACCCGCGGCACUCGUACAACUGCCGCGUGGCCGAGUCCACCUACCAGAACCACCCCAAGAAGCCGGCGCGCCAGAUCCACAAGGGCGACAUCACGCUGGUGCCCACGGUCAACGGGACGCUGCCCGUGCGGGCGCACCACCACUGCUCGCCCUCGGCCUCGCCCGCCGUCGACCGCGGUCAGAUGGGCAGCCGUCAGAGCCACCACAGCCGUCAGUCGCUCAACAGCCUGGUGACCAUCUCCUCCAAUCACGUGGCGGAGAACUUCGCCCUGGAGCUGGCCCACGCCACGCCUCCCGUGGAGCAAGUCUCACAGCUUCUGUCCAUGCUCCAUCAGGGCCAGUACCAACCGAGACCCAGUUUCCGUGGAAACAAAUACACCAGGAGCUACAGGUAUGCGCUGAAUGAGAUGGACAAGUUCAGCCUGAAGGACAGCGGGCGUGGGGACAGCGAGGCUGGGGACAGCGACUGUGAGAUGGGCCGCGAAUCCCCACUGAUGGGUGAGGGAUUCAAUGAACUCUUCACCCCUGAUGGCCAGCCACGACUGCACCCAGCCAUGAAGUUGUGUACGGAAGAAUGCCGUGUCUUGGGUCACUCGGACCAGUGUUGGAUGCCCCCCCUGCCCUCCCCGGCGUCUUCCGACUACCGGAGCAACCUGUACAUCCCGGGCGAGGAGAACCCCCAGCAGCCGGCCGCCCCCGAGGUGCCCCAGCCCAGUGGCGACACCGCCCAGCGCAAGAAGAGCUUCUCUACGUUCGGCAAGGAGGCGUCGGGAGAGCGCAUGGCCGAGGGCGAGGAGGCGGCGGAGGCGGACGGCGCGGAGGAUCUAUGCGGGACGUCGCUACUGUCAGAGAUGAACAGCGUCUUCCAGCGUCUGCUGCCGCCCUCGCUCGACGCCUACGAGACGUGUAACGAGACGGCGGCGCCGGCGGACAGGCCGCAGGUGGCCCACGGCGGAGGGCCGGUGGGGAUGGGGUCACUGGAGAGGAGGAAGGGUCACCUGCCCGGCAAGCCCAGCCCGGCCUGCUUCCAGCAAGGCGUGGCCGCCUGGGCGGCCAACACACACUUUCAGAACCCGGGCCACGCGCCAGGGAGCCACAUGAGCGGCCUGGCGCCGGCGGCUCUGUCGGCUGGCGUGCCCAUGGUGGGCGCUCCGCCGGUGGUGCCCAUCUCGGCGUCCCAGCCGCCGACCUCCAAGUGGCUGCCGGCCAUGGAAGAAAUCCCGGAGAACUUCGAGGAGGACGAAUUCGACUCGGUGCUCGGCCACCUGCAGGGCAAGCGUGCCGAUAGCCGCAGCGAGAUCAUGGACGCCAGCGAACUCGUGGCCGAAAUCAACAAGCUCCUGCAGGAUGUGCGGCAGAGCUAGAACUAAAAGCUCCAAAGACUGCCCCAGGCUUUGCCAUGUGACUCUUAUUUAUCUCUUGUUCUGUGUUUCUCUCUUUCUCUCUCUUGGAGAAAUCCUGCCACUCCCCCAUAUGGCCAGAGGGGGAGCUGUGAUCUGGAAAAAAAAUGGAAAAACAGAAAAAGUAACUGAAGAACAGGACCUGCAAUUGUCGUUAAAGUUGCAAAUCUGAUGUAUCGUGUUUUUUGGUGAAUGCUAAUUAUCCAAAUAAUGUUUGUAUUUUCUUGUUUGGUACACAGUGUACACAGUGUGAGUGUAUUUAUCUUUGUAUUUUAAAAAUACAAUUUGUAUUCUUUAUAUUUAUAAAAAAAACUGUAAAUAACUUUAAACAAUCAGAUGUCUAUUUUUAUAUUUUGAAUGCAUGUUGACAAAAGUAAUCAAAAAGACAUGCAUCUGUAAAUCUUCAUAUUUAAGUACUUCAUGUUUUUAUGUCAGUUAUAUAUAAAAUUAUAUAAGUAUAUGUUGAGCUAGGGCACACUAUAAUUAUGUUUUUUGGGAUGGGAUGCACAAAUAAACUAUGAAGUUUUUUUUAUAAAUGGAGCAUGUUGGGUUUUGUAUAUUGUUAAUGGUGUAUUCUUCAUGUAUUGUGUCAUAACUUAUAUUUAAUGUUUGGUGGAGAGCAACAAAAUAAAGCUACAUGCUGGAA